AUGGUUGUGGUAGAUUUCACAGCUUCCUAUGGAAAUCCUCAACAGCCAGAUUCUCUGCAUUACAUCAGUGGAUCCGGUCGGUUAAAUUCAUGUCAAAAGGCUAUAAUGGAAGUUGGAGAUGUUAUUCUGUUUUAUGAUUCUGAUAAGCGGUUUCCUGCUUGGGGAUUUGGAGGAAUGAUACCCGGUAGUACCGUAUCUCACUGUUUUAAUCUGAAUGGGAAUCCAGCUAGCUCUGAGGUGGUAGGAGUUGAAGGCAUAAUGGAAGCUUAUGCUAAUGCUUUACACACAGGUUCCUUUCUACAGCCCAAGGAUGAUCCCGAUAGUGAAAUCUCCAAAGUAGUUCGAGCUAUAAGAAAAAAGUUGCAGCAGAUUAAGAUGCUUGAAACUAAGCAGUCUAAAGGACAUAUUCUCACUGCAAGGGUUAAAAUCUUUCUAUAA